AUGGCGGAAAAGAUCGACUCCGACGCUGACUACGUCCGAGGGGAACAAACUUCGGAAACGACGAUAGAAGCUCACGCUGAGAGCUCCCUGGAAGAGAAGCAUCUCGGAGAGGAAGAAAUGCCGCAGCGCGUCUCAGUAGACGAUAACGAUGAAGAGAUUGAAGAAAAUGCCAAUUCGCCACCCAAAGAGAACGCUGUCACGCAGACGGUGUCUUCUCAGUCCCAAAAAAUGACGAAAAGCAAGACUGUCAUUGUCAUGGGCGCAUUAUGUCUUUCGGUAUUUUUGGCUGCCCUCGAUAUGACCAUCGUUUCAACGGCACUUCCAGUCAUGGCAACGCACUUUCACGCCACUCAGAGCGGUUACUCCUGGAUGGCAUCUUCGUACAUGUUAGCGAAUGCUUCUUGCACCCCUUUCUGGGGCAAGCUGAGCGAUAUCUUUGGUCGAAAGCCAAUCAUCUUAAUGUCAAAUGUUCUCUUCUUGGUAGGCAGCCUGAUCUGCGCCUUGUCCUACAGUAUCGCUAUGAACAUUGCCGGCCGAGCCAUACAGGGUGCAGCCGGUGGUGGUCUCAUCGUGUUGGCAAACAUUACUGUGUCCGACUUGUUUAGUGUCAGAGAACGACCUAUGUAUUACGGCCUUUUCGGUGUCACUUGGGCCAUUGCAGGUGCUCUAGGUCCGAUUAUAGGCGGCGCUUUCACGACUGAUGUCACCUGGCGGUGGUGCUUCUAUCUCAACUUGCCCGUUGGAGGUCUCUCUCUUACUAUCCUGACCUUUUUCCUCUCAAUACACACCCCAAGGACUCGCAUUUUGGAUGGUCUAGCGGCUAUCGACUGGCUAGGCGUCUUAACUUGCAUCGGUGCCACUUUAAUGUUCCUUUUCGGACUCGAAUUCGGCGGUGUCAACUACCCCUGGGCCUCAGCAACCGUUAUUUGUCUCAUUGUCUUUGGUAUCGUGACCUAUGGUGUCUUUUAUUUGAUUGAGUGGAAGGUUGCCAAGUACCCGACCAUACCCAUGCGGCUCUUCAAGACUCGCCAAAACAUAGUGGUAUUCGCCGUAUGCUUCUGCCACUCUUGCGUAUUCAUUUCCGGUUCCUAUUACAUGCCGCUCUACUUCCAAUCCAUCCUUUUGGCAUCUCCGAUCCUCUCCGGUGUCUAUACAUUGCCCCAGGUUCUCUCGCUCUCGGUUGUCUCUGCGGGCACUGGAUUUUUCAUCAGAAAAGUUGGCCGUUACAGAGAGGCCAUUUGGAUCGGUCUAGCCUUUAUGACUCUCGGUUAUGGACUUUUCAUUGACCUAAAACCAUAUAAAAGCUGGCCACGAAUCAUCAUCUACCAACUCAUUGCUGGAGCCGGUGUUGGCCCCAAUUUCCAAUCGCCCCUAGUCGCUCUCCAAGCCAACGUGCACCCGUCUGACAUGGCAACGGCCACUGCCACCUUUGGAUUCAUACGCCAGAUUGCCGCCGCAAUUGCCAUGGUCAUCGGCGGAGUGAUCUACCAAAACGUCUUCGCGCAACAAAAGCCUCACCUUGAAGCAAUCCUUGGAACUAGCCUUACCAGCCAACUUCCCGACUCAAUGGCCGGCGGCGACACAUCCCUGCUCAAAUCCUUGCCUACAGACCAAAGGGACGCUGUCCAGUCAGCGAUGACAUUUGCGCUAAGUCGUGCGUGGAUUUUCUAUACUGCCAUGGGCGGAGUGGGCUUGGUGCUCGGUUUCUUCAUCAAACAUAUCGAACUGAACAAGUCUCAUGCUAUCGCCAAAACUGGGCUCGAAGCACAGGAGAAAGCCAGAAAGGAGAGAAUUGCUGCUGAGAAGGCUGCUAAGGAGGCGUCCUCCAAAGCAGAAGCUUGA